AUGAGGGUUCUACUAUAUUGAGCGUUAUACUACAUAUCAACGGGAAAGAGUCGUCGUACCAAUUCCAAUUCCAUUUCAAGAGGAGUGGAAAUGAGGGUAUGUCUGGUCUGGUUUCUUUCUUUUCUUCUCUCUUUCGCUUUUCUUUUAAAGACAUUUGAAAAGCUCAAAGUUUAUGAAGAAUGAACAACGUGGCAUUGUCGCCUUUACAGCUACUCUUAUCAUCUUCAACAAGAGCGCCUGCUGCUCACAACAAUGAUCAUCAAUAUCAUGACCGCGACAAACAACGCUACCAACAUCGCUAUACAGACACCUGCUUAUUCUACCCUUCCGCACUAGCAACUCGGCGUAAACGGAGAGAUGGAUAUAUGCGGCGGUACUCGACAUCCAGCAUCGAAAGCAGUCAGACGACAGUGAUGGCCAACAACACCAGCACCAAGAGCAUACAUCGCAAAGCCUUGUCUCUCAGUGCAUUUCAUCAGCUACAGCUUGGCACGACCGAGCAGGCAUCAAAGGCAACAAUUGUAUCUUCGAUCCAUAACGACCAUAAGCUUGAAUCAUCAGCAGUCCAUCAAGAUCAUAAGCAUAUGACGAUGGGCGACUCAAUGACGAUGGCCACAAAGACCACCAAUGACGCAUGUAUGUUUUUUUCAUCCCCACCCCCACUGCCCCCCCAUGAAAGUAAAUUUGCUACACCCAAAUAUUCGAUUCGGACAGCUCGUAUAAAAAACAAAAAAAAACCUCCUUUUUCUCCCUCUCGCUCUCAAUUGUUAUCACAAAACCUAUUUUUCUUCCUUUUCUUUCUUUCCAACGAUUAACCCUCCCCAUUUCUUUUUUCUAAAGCAGCCGACGACGCAUCAUUAGUUACUCUACAAAUUAAUACAACCGCUCAUACCACUACCACGAAUACU